CUAUUGCUGCUGCUACGAUUGCUGCUGCUUUGACUUCAGCCCUCCGCUACCACGCGAAGGAUGAAUUUCACAGUUUUAAAAGACCUCAAGUAAGAAUCCACACGGGAGAAUGUGCAUGGGUGAGGGAAGAGACUUUGGGGGGUGGUUGUUUAAAAGCUCAAGAAAAGUCGGGUCGUUUUCUCCCAUACCAGCUUUGAACUUUCAAGAACCCCUUUGGUAGCAUCGUCCUCUUCCCCACCCCCCAUCCUUCCUCUCCCUCCACUUUUAGUAGCAAGUAAUUGCUUAUUGUGGAGCCGCAACUUAAGGCGAUUUGGGGAGGAGGAUUUAAAAGAGAAAGAAAUUAAGGCAGUAGGAGCUGGUACCCCAUUUGGUGCUUUAGUGAAUAAGGCUAAAACCAUGGCUCCGACUGGAGAGGUUGCUGUUGUCAGUGAUGAACCCAGCAGUGGCAAGGAGGCUGAGUAUCAGAUCCCGGGGUCCGAUUGCAACGGUUACUCUUGUAACGCCAAGCAUUUGCCCCUGAGCCCUGCUAGUCUCUCGAGAUCGCCCCGGGACCCGGGCUGUCAGGUCCUCUGGGGAGACUUGGUCUUGAACAAGCUCCGGAGCUCCCGGAAACUUUCCUCAGCUCUCUGCGCUGGCUCGCUCUCCUUUCUGCUGGCGGUCGUGGUGAGGCUGGUCCGAGGCGAGAUCAGCUGUGACCUGGAGGAGAGUCAGGAGGAGGCGGAGGCGGCGGCCGCAACGGCGGAGGAGGAAGCAGCAGCAGCAGCAGCAGCAGCAGCUGAAGGGGGCGUCUUAAAUCUGCCUCGGGGAGGUCCUCUGAGCGGAGGCUGGCAGCUCAGCGCUGGGCUGCAGCCCGCGGCGCUGCUCUUCGGUUUUCUGUGCGCCUUCUUUUGGAUGGGCUUGUGCUUGCUCCGCUCCGGGGUCCGACUGCCUCUCGCGCUCGCGCUGUUGGCCGCCUGCUGCGGGGGGGAAGCAAUUGUCCACAUCGGACUGGGAGUCCGCGAGGAUCACUUGCUCUCUCUCCCCGCCACAGGGGUGGUGCUCAGCUGCUUGGCCGCCGCGACAUGGCUGGUGCUGAAGCUGAGACAGGGUGUCCUCAUGAUCUUCUUGAUUAGUGCGGUCAGGACCGCGUCCCUGAUUUCUUUAGAGAGGGUCAAGGUCUCCUGGAGGCCAUACCUGGCUUACUCAGCCGGGCUGGUGGGGCUGCUUCUAGCCAGGUACCCGGAAAAAAUCUUUCCCCAAUUGAGAGAAGCAGCCCGGAGAGAGGAUUUUGGCACCCAGCUGGUUGUAGGGACUAAGGAAGAGGUCUCGGUGUUUAAGAGGAGGAGGCGGUCCAGCUCCAUGAUCUCCGCCGAGAUGUCCGGCUGCGGCAGCAAGUCUCAUCGCAGGACCUCCCUUCCCUGCAUACCUAGAGAACAGCUCAUGGGACAUUCUGAAUGGGACCACAAACGAGGGUACAGAGGGUCACAGUCCUCAGGUACAAGUAUUACUGUUGAUAUUGCUGUGAUGGGAGAAGCACAUGGCCUUAUUACAGACCUCCUGGCAGAUCCUUCUUUGCCACCAAAUGUGUGUACCUCCUUGAGGGCUGUGAGCAAUUUGCUUAGCACACAGCUGACUUUCCAAUCAAUUCACAAGCCAAGAGUGAGUCCUCUGGUUUCCUUCAGUGAAAAUUACACCUGUUCUGACUCAGAAGAAAGCUCUGAAAAAGAGAAACUGGCUAUUCCCAAGCGUCUGAGAAGGAGUUUGCCACCAGGAUUACUAAGACGGGUUUCAUCCACUUGGACAACCACCACCUCAGCCACAGGCUUGCCAACACUGGAGCCUGCCCCAGUGAGGAGAGAUCGGGCUGGCAGCAGCAAAUCUCAGGAAGCACCUUCCUCCAGUGCUGUUAGUCCUGAUUCUUGGACCAUGACCAAAAGCAGGUCCUUCUCUACUUCCUAUACUGUGUCUGCAGCUAAUCAUGUGAAUUCUAAAAAGCAAAGUCGACCAGGUGUUCUAGCUAAAAUUUCACCUCUUUCAUCCCCAAGUCCUUCACCUAUUCAAGGGAGCCCAGCCAAUAGUCCAAUCAGCAAAAUUUCUGCAAUGCAGUUUCCAGAAUCUGCAGAAGUAACUCCCAAACAAGGCCUAAGCUCUCACAGAAUCUUGACAUAUACUCAGAGUGCACCAGAUCUUUCUCCGCAGAUCUUCACACCAACUGUUAUAUGUACCAGCUGUGGCAGACCAUAUAAUCAAGGGAACUCUGCUGAUGGGGCAUUGGGAAGUGGCAAUGCAGCUACACAUUCACCAAAUAGAACAGAUGACACAGCUCAAGUGACUUCUGACUAUGAAACCAAUAAUAACAGUGACAGCAGUGAUAUUGUCCAGAAUGAAGAUGAACAAGAGUGCUCUAAAGAUUCAUUGAGGAAAGAAUCUCAACACAGCUCAUGUACCCCUGAAACCAUCGUAUUUAUGCCAGAUAAGCCUAUUCUUGCUCCAGAGCCUCUUGUCAUGGAUAACUUGGACUCGAUAAUGGAAAAACUAAAUACUUGGAAUUUCCCAAUCUUUGAUUUGGUGGAAAAGAUAGGGAAAAAAUGUGGCCGAAUUCUGAGUCAGGUAUCAUACAGACUUUUUGAAGACAUGGGACUCUUUGAAACUUUUAAAAUUCCUGUAAGGGAAUUUAUGAAUUAUUUUCAUGCCCUGGAGAAUGGAUAUCGGGAUAUUCCUUAUCACAACAGAGUCCAUGCCACUGAUGUUUUACAUGCUGUUUGGUAUCUUACUACUCAGCCUAUUCCAGGCCUCUCCACUGUGAUUAAUGACCAUGGAUCAGCAAGUGAUUCAGAUUCUGAUAGUGGAAUCACACAUGGACACAUGGGAUAUGUAUUUUCAAAAAUGUAUUCAGCAGCUGAUGAUAAAUAUGGAUGCCUGGCUGGCAAUAUCCCUGCCCUAGAGCUGAUGGCUCUCUAUGUGGCUGCAGCCAUGCAUGAUUAUGAUCAUCCAGGAAGGACAAAUGCUUUUCUGGUUGCAACUAGUGCACCUCAGGCGGUGCUGUAUAAUGACCGUUCAGUUUUAGAGAAUCAUCAUGCAGCUGCUGCCUGGAAUCUCUUCAUGUCCCAGCCAGAGUAUAACUUUUUAGUCAACCUUGACCAUGUGGAAUUUAAGCAUUUCCGUUUUCUCGUCAUUGAAGCAAUUUUGGCCACUGACCUGAAGAAACAUUUUGAUUUUGUAGCCAAAUUCAAUGCCAAGGCGAAUGAUGAUGUUGGCAUAGAUUGGACUAAUGAAAAUGAUCGUUUAUUGGUUUGUCAAAUGUGCAUAAAGUUGGCUGACAUCAAUGGUCCAGCUAAAUGUAAAGAACUUCAUUUACAAUGGACAGAUGGUAUAGUCAAUGAGUUUUAUGAACAGGGUGAUGAAGAGGCCAGCCUUGGGCUUCCCAUAAGCCCUUUUAUGGACCGUUCUGCUCCUCAGUUAGCAAAUCUUCAAGAAUCUUUCAUCUCUCAUAUUGUGGGGCCAUUGUGCAACAGCUAUGACUCUGCAGGACUGAUGCCUGGGAAAUGGGUGGAAGACAGUGAUGAAUCAGGAGGAGACACAGAUGACCGGGAAGAAGUAGAACCAGCAACUGAAGAGGAAACUUGUGAAAAUGUUGAAUCUGCAGGACAGCAGACAUUCAAAAGGAGGAAAAUCUACUGCCAAAUAACUCAGCACCUCCUUCAAAACCAUAAAAUGUGGAAGAAAGUCAUUGAAGAUGAGCAACGACUAGGCAGUGGGAUGGAAAAGCUAAGUCUAGAAAAACCCACCCUGCAUCAAUCCUCAGAGCAAAUCCAGGCAAUCCAGGAAGAGGAGGAGGAAAAAAGGAAACCAAAAGGAGAGGACACAACUACAAAUCUGACCCAAUGACAAUUCACCAAGCAUUACUUUAAGCCAGAUUGACUUGUGCACAGACUCCUUGCAAGCCAGCACAACAUUUAGACACAACACUGUAGAAAUGUGGGAUAACACACCAAUGGCUGUUUCACUUGGAAUGUUUUUGUCAGGAUUUUGUGUUUUGUUUGUGUUUGUGUUUUUUUUGUUGUUGUUUCAUUUUUUUUCAGUGAGGUAUAUUGCUUAAACUCAUAUGCUCAGAGAAGCUUUCUCACUGCAACACUGGCUUCCACAAUUUUUUUUUUAUUUAAGGAAGAAAUAUAUGCAUCUGUGUGUAUGAACACACACAUGCAACACCCAGACACAGACACACAUAUAAUCACACAGAGCCAGAGUUAUUGUUUGUACACUUCUGCAACAUUCAUAUAAAAUAUAUAAUGGUCACUAUUACAGUGCAAGUCAUAAAAGGGAAUUGUGCUAUCUGGCACAUUUGUGUGUGCAGGUACACAUGUGUGCAUGGGGUUAGGAGUUGGGAAAGGGUAUGCUUGAGUGUGUGUGUAGGGGAGAGAGAGUGAUCAUUGAGAAUUUACUAGAUUAGCUGUAACAUGUGAUUCAGCACAUGUGAACAAACAUAAGGUGCCAGUAUUAAGAAACUUACAUCUGUAGUGAUGGGAAGCAGACACUAUAAUAGAUGUUCUGUUUUGAGAAGCAAUAAAAUCUCCCCUUGCAGUAGAAGGUGCAUUCACUGCUGUCUUCUUGCCAGGGCCAUGUCACUGGCAAUACUGCUCUUGCGCCUUUUAGAGGCAUGCUAUGACCAACCUCAAACCCAUGGAAGCACAGGUGCUUUAAAUACAGUUCAGCCAAAUGAACAUAGGAAAAAUGGAAGUGCAUACAUGCAAUCCGUUUACCAAGGGUUAAGGCAACAGAUGAAGACAACAUAGCAUUCUUUAUUAUUUAAGGAAAGACCUGUGAUCAAAUUAUCUAAUCAAGUUAUUAUUCUAGCCAGAUGUAGAAGAAGGGUGGGAUAGACAGGAGGCUAGAGAAUAAAUUACAUCUUUGCAAUUAUUCUCCUAUGACUUCCAUAUUUCUUGUAAAAUUUUAAGCAUAUUUUAGGACACAGCUAUAGAAGAAUGAAAUGUUUCUACCUGGUUACAUGGUAUUUUUAAAUAACAGGAGAAGUUUUAUGUCUUAGUAACUAAUAAAGAUUGGCUUAUUAGAGAGGCCAGUGAUAACUGCAACUACCCAGCAUCAAAGAGUAGCAUUACACCUGCUGUGUGAUAUGGGUUAUCUAGCUUCAACUUCCAGGCUUUGGGUACACUAUUGUGUUAUUUUUAACAAAGAAGGAAAUUAUAUAGAGAUUGGGCCUGAUAUUGAGGUUUUUUUUUUUGUUGUUGUUGUUGUUGUUUCCACACUUGUUUAUGCUGUGAACCAAACCCCUUUUUAAGAUUGAUACUCACUUUCGAUAUAUUUUAUUUCAUAAAAUAUUAUAUUUGUCAAUAAUUAGUUGUUACGGUGUAAAUAUAAAGAAUUUUUUUGGUCCUGUAGAUAGUAUACUCUUAAAAAAAUAAAAGGGGAAAAGGGACACAUUUUUAUAAAGUUAUUUUUUUAUCACCAGUUUUAUACAUUGUAGCCAUCUCCAACCCCAGCGAUAAAGUUGUGCAUAGUUAGCAUAGAGCCCUGUGGCUACAUGCUGACCUUUGUAUUCUAAUUUAGGAUCAAAGAUGUGAGAAGUUUAUGCCAGCUAUACUGAUAUUCAUUGAAAAUUUGCCAGUAAUUUUUGCCCACUAAAAUAAUUAGCUUUCUAUAUUUUCUAAGGUAGAAGACAAUUAGGUGUUAGUCAACUCAUCUAAAAGGUAACUUUACUAAGUCCCUGUCUUCUAUCAUUUUUUUGCUUAUCACAUAAUGCUUUCUGUGGACCUGCUGACAAUGCAAAAAGAAAA